AGUGAAUAAAAUCUUCCUUUGCUUCUGUUCCUGCUCUGCCCAUACCCUGGUCACAGCACCCGCUGGACUGAUUGGAGGGCUCCUAGAGAGGGAGGACAGACGGAGCACGUCCUGCUAACCACUUUAGUCACUUGGACCUUGGAGGAGAGCAGGGCAAUCUUUUCAGACAUCACCACAGCAGAAUCUGCCAAGUUAGAAGACAAUCUGCCUCAUAAGAACAUGGCUUUGGUGCAAACACGAAUGCUGAGCCAUCAGACAGGGGAGGAAUAUGAGGCUGAUGUUGAGUUGCAAAGGGACAAGGAUGGAAGUCUGGAUUUCACUGACAAGGAAGAAGGGGAAGUUGAAGAUGAUGCUCUGACAAAUGAAGACUGGAAGUUUCUAAAACAGUUCCCGAGCUGGGAAAAGGAAGAGAAGAAGCGCAUUAGAACGCUCUAUGCCAUCGCAGACCACAUUGACAAAAGCCACCAAAAAGCUACCAAGACCAAAGUGGUGACUAACUCUGCAUCAGUCAUCUCUGGAGCCCUGAGUCUCCUGGGUUUGGCCUUGGCUCCAACAACGGCAGGGGCAAGCCUGGUACUCACUGCUGUUGGCAAUGGUUUGGGGACAGUUGCCGGGGUCACCAACAUCGUGACCAAUGUGAGGGAAAACUCUCGAAAUAAAAGAGCCCUAGCUCAGGCCAACAGCAUCAUGCCUAGCAGUGACCAGGAGCUUGAGGAGGUCAAGGGAGAGAAGACCACCUAUGUCACAGCCACUGGUGAGCUUGUCCAAAAAUGUGGGAGUGCCUGGGAUAACAUCAAAAAGCACCUCCGAGCCCUCCGGGUAACCAGAACACAACCUCACGUCACCUCAGCUGCCAAGAAGCUCAUGACUACUGGCCAACUAUCAACUCGAAGCAACAGGCAGGUGCAAAAGGCUUUUGGGGGCACAGCCCUGGCAAUGACCAAAAGUGCUCUGAUGUUCAAGAGUGCAACUGCUGCCUUGUCCCUUGGCCAGGACAUAUAUACUCUCUGGGAGGACUGGAAGGAUCUGAAGUCUGAAACCCCAACGGAGCUCGCAAAAGAGUUAAGAGCACGAGCUGGGAAACGGGAAUUGGUGUUAGCAGAACUCACCCAUCGCUAUAAAAAGCUGAAGGUGAAGGCUGGAUUUUUUUGUUUGUUUGUUUGUGUUUUUGUUUUUUGUUUUGUUUUUGUUUUUUCCAGACAGGGUUUCUUUGUGUAGCCCUGUUGGUCCUGGAACUCACUCUGUAGGCCAGGCUGCCCUCGAACUCAGAAAUCCGCCUGUUUCUGCCUCCUAAGUGCUGGGAUUAAAGGCGUGCGCCAGCACUGCCUGUAGGCAUAACAUGGGAUAUGUAGAGCCAUGUAGAUGUUAUGUUGUGAAGUCUGCAGAGAUGUCUCUCACCACCUUUCCAAGCUGUGAUAAAGACCAUGAUCAAAGGGUUUAUUUGGUUUACACAUCCUAAGUCACAGUCCACUGAGGGAAGCCAUGGCAGUGAAAACCCAAUCCUACUCCACUUUGGGACUAGCCUCCAUCUUAAAGAAAAACACAAAUAAAUAAGGCCGGAGAAUGACCUGCUGCAGAACCCAAGCUGUGCCCACAUACCAGGAUGGACCCCACGGCUUGCCUUGGCCAGAGUUACUCCUUAGCUACUUCCUAACAACAGUUAAUCAAAGAUUAGUCUGAUUGUCUCAGAUGUACUUUCAGACUGUUCGUGAUUGUAAACAGUCUUGCUUCAGAGCACCCACCUGUCGGCUUACAGUCAUUCUAUUAGAUGCUUGCCAGACUGGACCCCCCUCUCUCACCCCCUCACUUGGCUCCUGUUUUCCUAUAAGAACUUGUCCUGAUGAGGGUUCAAGGCUACUCCACCUUCCUUUCCUGUCUUGCUGUGUCAGGGUUGGGUUGGAGGAGAGCCCAGGCCCGAGCUUGUAAUAAAGAGACACUAAUGGCAUUACUUCAGAAA